AACCUAGCUAACUAGCUUCAGUAGCACUGGUAGCAACUUGAGAGCAGCAUACAAGCCUUGUCAAAAUUAGUUGCCGCACAACACUGUCCUGGCGUUUGUUUUUGUCAACGAGGCGUUUGAAGGGCUGUGCGCACACUCUUCUCUAAAAGCGAAGUGCUGGACUGUAAAACUGGGGUGUCCAUCUCUUUUGAGUAAGCCCUGCUAGCAUCCACCCACUGGUCUCUAGAGGGGGCCCCAUCUGAGCAAGGGUCCCAACUGUAGCUCCAGGUCUCCUCUGUCUGUGUUAGUUCGGGCUUGUGUCGAGUCCUCUGGAGACUCUCAGCUUGUCCAGCUAAGAUGUCCUCCAUCCUGCCAUUCACCCCUCCCGUGGUGAAGAGGCUGCUGGGCUGGAAGAAGUCAUCCAGCGGCCAGGGCGGAGCGGGUGGUGGCGAGCAGAAUGGGCAAGAGGAGAAAUGGUGCGAGAAGGCUGUGAAGAGCUUAGUGAAGAAGUUAAAGAGGACGGGCCAGCUAGAUGAGCUGGAGAAAGCUAUCACAACACAGAACUGCAACACCAAGUGUGUCACCAUCCCCAGCAAUUGCUCUGAAAUAUGGGGACUGAGUACACCAAAUACGAUAGAAACGUGGGAUACAUCAGGCCUAUACAGCUACCCUGACCAAACCAGAUCCCUGGAUGGCCGCUUGCAGGUCUCCCACAGGAAGGGGCUUCCCCAUGUUAUCUAUUGCCGCUUGUGGCGAUGGCCGGACCUUCACAGCCACCAUGAGCUGCGUGCCAUCGAGGCCUGUGAGUAUGCCUUCCACCUCAAGAAGGACGAGGUCUGCAUCAACCCCUACCACUACCAGAGGGUGGAGACCCCAGUGCUGCCUCCUGUUCUUGUGCCAAGACACUCAGAAAUUCUGCCAGAGCUGCCACCUCUGGAUGACUACACUCAUUCCAUACCCGAGAACACAAACUUUCCAGCAGGAAUUGAACCUCCAAACAACUAUAUACCAGAGACGCCACCACCUGGCUACAUCAGUGAGGAUGGGGAGGCCAGCGAUCAACAGAUGAAUCAAAGUAUGGACACAGGUUCUCCAGCCGAGUUGUCCCCCAGCACGCUGUCUCCUGUCAAUCACAGCAUGGACUUGCAGCCGGUGACUUACUCGGAGCCGGCCUUCUGGUGCUCUAUAGCAUACUACGAGCUGAACCAGCGCGUGGGCGAGACGUUCCACGCAUCUCAGCCCUCGCUGACGGUGGACGGAUUCACAGAUCCAUCGAACUCGGAGCGUUUCUGCCUGGGCCUGCUGUCUAAUGUCAACAGGAACGCCACUGUGGAGAUGACCCGGAGACACAUAGGAAGAGGAGUUAGACUCUACUACAUUGGAGGGGAGGUAUUUGCUGAGUGCUUGAGUGAUAGCGCCAUCUUUGUCCAGAGUCCAAACUGCAAUCAGCGGUAUGGCUGGCAUCCAGCAACAGUGUGUAAAAUUCCUCCAGGCUGUAAUCUAAAAAUCUUCAACAACCAGGAAUUUGCAGCCCUGCUGGCUCAGUCAGUCAACCAGGGCUUUGAGGCUGUUUACCAGCUCACCAGGAUGUGCACCAUCCGCAUGAGCUUUGUUAAAGGCUGGGGAGCCGAGUACAGGCGGCAAACUGUCACUAGCACUCCAUGCUGGAUAGAGCUGCAUUUGAACGGCCCCCUGCAGUGGCUGGACAAGGUUCUAACCCAGAUGGGUUCCCCAUCUGCACGUUGCUCCAGUAUGUCCUAAACAGCUAAGGAAACACCCAAAAAAACUCAGCCCAUUACAAAGAUCAUUAAAUUUUAAACUUGUGAGUCCUCUCAUGAAAAAAAUGGAAACCCAACAGAAAGUAUUUUCUGUAACAUACUUCAUAGUAUUUGUGGCCCGGUUCCACAUCCCUCAAUAAACUUUACACACACACAGAGAAGAACAAAUGCACCCACACUGUCACAAACAAACACACACACACAACACACACUUUUCAGUAAAAAAAAAAAUUGGCACUUUGUUACCCAUCUAUGUCAUGCACCUUGUUAAAUUGCUUUUCCCCAAAUCCUUAAUAUUAGAUCUAUUUGUGGUACAAAUGAAAUGUAUAUUGGUUUUUAGUCCAGGAAGUAGGGGAAAUACCAAAAAUAUCUGUGAAUAGUUUCUCAGUAUUGAAGAUUGCUUGUAUGAGUAACAGGAGCUUGAAUGCUAAAAUGAUUUUCGUUCCAGCCCCCCAACCAUUGUUCUGAACCUAAGUUUAAUUUUCUCCGGCAAACUUGGCCCCAUCUUUUGUGAAGGGGAGGAGGCUUGGUGAAGAAACGAUGGCCUUGGUGGUCGUUCUCCUAUGAAGGAAAACGCCACAAUGUGUUUUGUGAAAUUUGGAUUGAAUUGACGUUGCCAGAAUGGCCCUUUUUUGUAACUCCCGACGUGUGUCUUUAUAAGACAUACCUCUUAAUGGACAAAUAGGAAUGUUAGUUAAAAAACAAACCCAAAACCCCUAAACAAACUGCAAACUCAGUCUGGCUGUAGUUUAUUUCUUUGUAAUUAAGAGGGACUCUAUGUGUCCUUUUACUUAGUUGACGUAAAUCCUCAUUGAAAAGCCUGCUAUGGAAGCUUAAGAGAUGUUGGCCAGGCUUUGCAGGGAGCACUGGGCAGGGACCAGAGAAUAUUAGCUGUUAUGUAAAAGGUUUUUCUUUUUCUUUUUGACACAACACUGGGAGUCCUGGAGGUCUCCAAGGUGAAACAUUAAACGUCUCACCAGGAGAGAAAUUGAAGGUAUCAAUAAAUUCAUUCUGUUUUUAGCCUAUAUCCCCAUUGUUUUGCUACUUUUUUGUAUUCUCAUGUAUUUUUAUAUAUAAGUAUACUUAAAUUUUUCUGUCGUUCACUUUUUAUUGAAGUAAUAUUUUCAAGACCACAGUUGUUUCUAAAGUGACAUGAAGGGCAUGGAUCAUUCCUUCAUUUUUACCCAAAAGGUUCAGUUUGAACUCAUUUCCAAUAGCAGCUCUUUGUCUUGGUAAAAAAAAAAUCACUGCCCCACAUGAUGUGUAGUCUGUUUCUAUCCUUUGUUUUUGCAAAGAAAUCCGGUGCAUUUAAAGUACACAAAACAACAUUUUGCCUGAAACCCAAAAUCUACUCUCCUGUCAUGGUUUAAAUGAUUCCAGAGGCAUGUAAAACUUUGUGAUGGCCAUUCAUUCACUCAUCUCACUUUUUUGGAACACACGUGACCUCUUGUAGCCUUUUGGUGCUCAGUCAGGCGGGGUAAGGUCGACCAGAUGUAAUUGGCUUUCAAAAUGUUACAGUGACGUAGGAGGAGAGCAGUUUUCUUCCACGAGAGAAGAUCAGCAAAUGUGCCAGCACAUCGGGACAUUCUGUGUUAAUGUGUGUAUUGUAUUUGUUCUGUCUAUAAAAUACAGUAUGUACAACCAGACUUAUUAGCCUAAACUCUGCCAUUAUUGUCAUUAAGUGGCUGUUGCGAGUUUAACAUGUUUCCCUCCCCCCUCCCUUCUUUUUGGUGUAAAUGUGUUUACCUUAUGGCACUAGUGAUUGUACUUUAAGUGCACCUAGUGGUGUUUGGAUUUGGGGAACUGAACCAUGUGUUAGGGUCCAGUGUUACAUUGUUUUUAUCUUUGGCCUACAACAUAUGAAUGUGAAAAAAAUACAUUACAAAAACUGACGUGGACCAGACGUACAUAUACAUAACAGUAGUACAGUAUGUGUGUAUUUAACAGUAAUCUUUUUGCAAAGCAGUCAGUACAGUAGAUGUCGCAGUUGUUUUACCAGUAGAGGGCGGUAUUGAUAGAGCAGUUCUUUUUUUUUUUUUUCUGACCAUAAGCUUCUCAGGCGUGUGGCAUAUUAUGCAGACUUCAUAAAACACUAAUAAAGAUUUUUAUUCUCAUGA